AAGCUAUGAGCACAUGCCUGUGUCAUGGAAGUAUGGUACAAGACGUGGCUAAGCCACGACUUGAGGUAAGUUCGUCCGUGUACGCGACAAGAUCUGAAAAAAAUCCUGGUCGUGGCACUUCUACAUCCUUGUGCAUGGAACAACGUCCGUUUAAAAUCAAGCGACAUCGAAUCGACAGGUCAAACCUGCUACGAUCGUUGUUGAUGCAGAAAGAUCCAGCAUACUACAGAGUUGUCAGUGACGCUGUUUCCCACCACCACAUAUGAAGUGAAACAACUUGAAGACAAGGUUGCUUUCGUUCACACCGUCCAACGCCUCGAUCAGAAAAUGGCUGUCCAUCAUGUCCUCGACGAUUACUAUCUUGCCAUCACAUUUCUGGUGACGGUCGGAUAUCAACUUCUCGGAUUCUCCAUCGCCUACACUUGUCAGUUCGACAAGUUGACAGAUUUCGCAGGAGGUACAAACUUCAUCAUUCUCUGUGUCCUGACACUCUCACUCUCGGCCACGCACACGGCCCGCCAGAUCCUGACGGCCCUCUGUCUGGCGGCGUGGGCGGCUCGUCUCUCUGGGUUUUUACUGUUUCGAAUCCUCAAGACGGGUUCCGACACCCGCUUCGACGACAAACGGUCACGAUUCUUCCCAUUUUUGGGCUUCUGGACCUUUCAAGCCCUGUGGGUUUGGACUGUGAGUCUCCCCGUCACGAUCCUCAACUCUCCUCGCGUCACGGCGUACGCGGCCCCGACAUUCGGCACUGCCGCGGACAUUGCGGGCGUCAUCAUGUUCGCCGUCGGGUUUCUGGUCGAGGCCGUUGCCGAUGUUCAAAAGUAUCGGUUCCGGUGCGACCCUGACAACAAAGGCGCGACGUGUGACGUCGGCUUGUUCUCUUGGUCCAGACAUCCCAACUACUUUGGUGAGAUUGUCGUACAGUUUGCCAUUUUCACAAUGGCCAUCUCGCCCAGUGCCUACGGCCACGUACCGUCGGGGUCGGGAGCCUACGCGGCACAGUACGCGAGUCUCCUGGGGGCCCUGUUCUUGACGCUCCUGUUGCUCUUCGUGUCCGGACUGACGUUACAAGAACGCCCCGGCGCGAAGAAAAAGUUUGAAAAGGACGGACCCAAAGGGGACGGUUGGACGAGACACAAGGCCUGGUUGGACACUACCAGUAUUCUCAUCCCCUUGCCGCCUGGGAUCUGGGUCAGAUUACCCACGGCGAUCAAGCGGACCGUCGGGUUCGAAUGGCCGAUGUACGUGUUUGACCCGGAAAAGCAUGUCGAUCAGGCCAGCGUGCGGCGGCAAAGACAAGAAGAAGGAGAAGAUGAAGAAGAAGCAAGAGGACGUGAGGAAAGUCAAGAUGGGUUGGUGAAUCAUAAUAGACACCGAUGAUAACCACCACUAGCGACUGCACUGUUGGAAUGGAGAAAGUAAUGUAUUUAUUUCCCCCAACUCUGCCUAC